GUGUUUGAAUUAUAUAUCUGAAUGCCAAGCUAGUCGUGAUAAUUAUAUCUCUCUAUACAUAAUAGAUAAUGAGUUCCUGGGAGGAGGAUGCUAGACAAUUUCUUUUAGACCAGGAAGAAGAUGAUGAUGAACUCUUCUUAGUAAUUGUCCCUGCUGUUCUCGCGGCCAUGCAAGAAGAGAAAAGGGCAGUCCAUACUUCUUCUCUUACUGGCGCUAUGAAGAUUAAGGAAGUUCUAGAAGGGCACGAAAUUUGGAGCAAAGUUGAGUUUAGGAUGGAGCCAAAUAUUUUCAGAGCGAUAGUUUCAUCUGUUGAUGAACCAGUGCUACAUGUACCACGAGCGGGCAGCGAGAUCAAUGUUGCUGGACCAAGUGUGGGCAGUGAGACUAAUGUUGCUGGACUAACUUUGGAUCGAGAGGCUUGUGAAGUUCAGUCACCACCUUCUGGUACGUUAGUACAUGGAAGCGGGAAAAAGAGGAAGAAAAGUCAAGUUGCAAGUGUUUUGGAUGACUAUUUGGAGCACAAGAAGAACCAAACAGAUAAGACUGUGGAGGCGUUCCUUGAGAAGAAGACUCGUGGAGAGGAGUCUAUGGAUAGGUGUAUCCACAUAUUUGAAGCUAUGGAGGACUUGACAGAUGAGGAGAAGGCCAUUGCAGCAGAGGUGUUCGAAAAUGAAUUGUAUCGGGAGAUGUUUCUGAAGCUAACAAUUCACAACGUGCGGCUGAUUUGGCUUCGGAGGAAGAUAAGUUUCGUGGAGUGUUUGUUCCUUUUGGAAGAAGUUGCUACUAUCGUACAACUGAAGCUCACCAAGUCCAACCUCCUCUCUCGCUUCACCAAGAACGAGUUUAUCCUCGAGUCUAAGUCCUCCAUCGGCAUUGAGUUCGCCACCAGCAGUCUCCAGGUCAAUGGCAAGGUCAUCAAGGCCCAGAUUUGGGACACCACCGGCCAGGAGAGGUACCCUCUAAUCUGCUCCGAACGUGCUCGCUUCGCGUCCGUGAUGCAUUGCUGUAGAUUUGCUCCCUACUUUCUCGUGCGCACCACCAAGUGCGGGCAAAAUGUUAUCUUAUUCUUGGGAGCCUCCUUUGCUUGA